AUGCACAUCUACAUCUUCGUUCCUAUAGAUCUAAAAUUCGAACAGUUCGGUUUAUGUUGUGGAGACAUCCUUAUAAUUUCAGCUUGAAAGCUCCAAAGACCACCACCUGGUUCGAACACUUCUGCCUAGCUUAAAAAUAUACUUUUUCACCAUCAUGAAGUUUCUUUCUCUCUUCCUUUUUGCUCUCCUGGCAGCUACAGCUACAGCAAAGUCCUUAAACUGUUAUGAAUCUGGGACAUCUCAGGUUUGUACCAGUGGCAAAUGCUUUUCACAAGAAGAAGAAAAUGACAUUGUAGGUGGGAAGUCGGGGGAAAAAUACAGUUUACAAAGCUGCCUUCCAUCAUGCAAAGAACUCAACAUAAAACUCACAUUUGGAGAAAAAAAAUAUUUCAGGGCAGCUACCAAAUGCUGUGACACGGACAACUGCAAUACUAUUCCUGCAGUACCUAGCGCAGAUGCGAAAAACAGCAAUUUGGAGUGCCCUGCAUGUUUUGCUUUCUCUUCCACCUACUGCGAGGCCACAGUGAUCAAAUGUCCUGAAUCAGAGAACCAAUGCGUGAACAUUACUGGGAAGCUUUCUGACGCUUCUGGAAUAAAAUCCUUCUAUGGUAGAGGUUGUACUACACCUGCAGCAAAGAACAUUACUAUCGGUGACGCUAUAGCCACAAAUAAAGACUCCUGGCUUGAAAUUGCUGGCAUCAGCAUGGAGAAAGCUACAGGUAGUUCAUGGUCAGUUCGAGGAAGCUUCACAGUUACCCUCCUCUCUGGUCUUAUUGGAAUCCAGCUGACCAACUUCUUUUAUUGAUCUUGGUUUCCUGUAUUGAAAAAGCAUCUGAGUCCCAAAGAAUUAAGGAUGUGGCUCAUUUGGACAGUUGAGGUGUAACUUAACCCCAAAGAUGUUUCAAUGUUACCUCUGAGAAAUUACGUUUUUGUGUCAGUACUAUGUGAUUUUUUAAAAACGUUUUAAUAAGUUUCAGUCAUUAUGCCUAAUUCAUUAAAAGGAUUUUCCCAAUCUCUGACAUUA